AUGUCCGAUGAUAGUUCCAUUAAUGUAUUGGAUGAUCCAUUCUUUGUAAGCUCAAAGAAACGCAAACAAAAGAUAUCUAACGAGGAGCGUAUCGAAGCAGAUAGAAAGAGAGCCGAAUUGGAGCUUCUUGUUAUGGAUGACGAAGAAGAAAAUAAGCAUUUUGAUAUGAAAGAGAUUAUCAAAAAUGAAAAAAAGAAGAGAAAAAGGAAGAAUAAAAAAGAUUUUCAAGAAGAUACUUUCGAUAUUAAUGUCAAUGAUCCUCGUUUCGCAGCCCUUCACGAAUCUCAUCAUUUCGCAAUAGAUCCUACAAACCCUCAGUUUAAAAAGACAAAAUCAAUGUCUAAAUUACUAGAAGAACAGCGGCGUCAAGCUAGAUCAAAAGAAACAUCUGAUUUUAACUAG